AUGCACCAACCGCCGCCGAACUCAGCCACAGUCCCCAACGCGCCGCCGCAAAUCAGCGUGAACGGAAAUCAACUGUAAGUGGUGGAGAACUUCCCGUAUCUGGGCAGUACCCUCUCCCGCAACACCAAGAUUGAUGACGAAGUCGCCAACAGGAUCUCGAAAGCCAGUCAAGCCUUCGGUCGUCUCCGAAGCACAAUUUGGAAUCGCCACGGUCUUCAGAUGAGCACGAAGUUGAAGAUGUACAAGGCCGUCAUCCUGCCGACGUUACUGUACGGAGCAGAGACAUGGACGGUGUACACGAGACAGGCACGCCGACUGAACAACUUCCACCUCAGUUGUCUCCGUCGCAUCCUGAGGCUGAACUGGCAGGAUCGAAUCCCCGACACGGAAGUACUGAAACGGACGGGAAUCCCCAGCAUCUACGCCAUAAUGAAACAAAUGCAGCUGCGCUGGAGCGGCCACCUGGUGCGCAUGGACGACGAGCGACUACCCAAACGACUCUUCUACGGAGACGUCGCGACGGGUUCUCGUCGUCAAGGAGGCCAAAUUCGCCGUUACAAGGAUACUCUGAAGUUCUCCCUGAAGCGCCUGCAAAUCAACCCGACCAACUGGGAAGAGCUCGCUCGCGAUCGUCCGACAUGGAGAAGAACAGUGAAGACGGGCGCUGCUAUCUAUGAAGCCAACCGAAUCGCCGCCGCCAAAGCGAAACGCGAAGCUCGCAAAUCACAACUUCACCCAGUCCGCAACGACGCCGCACAACCUCCCCUACGUGUCCUCGAUGUCAACGGACAUUCCGGGCACGAAUCGGACUUGUUGGACAUCUCCGAACCAACUGCACCUCUCAAACUGCUCCAGCCAUCGUCCCCCCGCCCGCCUCUUCCUCGUCCUCUCUUCCGCCAACUAACUCUGACACUCCUUCUGCACCACCACUUCCAUCCUCCUCCUUCUCCUCCACUGCCCCAUCGGCGGCCGUUCAGACUGCCGUCUCACACAUCACCAACCCCGACACAAUAA